AUGAUGAGAGUAGGUUAUUUUACAAGAGGCACACUCAGCCGAUCAAGAACCCUGUGUCAAUUAUGUAUGAAGCGUUGCUUGGCCAGCAAAGCAGCUGUUUCCUUGGAGGAUUUCAAAGCAGUCAAUGAGCCAGUCUUGUCUUAUUUAUCUGGAAGCAAAGAACGUACAGAAUUGGAAGCUGCUUUGCAGAAACAGACCAACCAAAUUGUUGACAUUCCUCUUGUUGUUGGAGAUGAGGAAAUAUGUACUGAUGAUGUUCAUUAUCAAGUGGCUCCAUUUGACCACAAGAAGAAACUUGCCAAGUAUUAUUAUGCUAAUGAAGAUAUCAUUAAAAAAGCUAUUGAUGUGAGUCAAAAGGCACGGCAAAGUUGGUCACGUGUACCAUUUGAAGAACGAGCCAAGAUUUUCUUGAAGGCAGCUGAUUUAGUCAGCAACAAAUAUCGGAUGGAGCUAAUGGCUGCAACUAUGUUGGGACAAGCCAAAUCCAUUGUUCAAGCUGAAAUUGAUUGUGCUGCUGAGCUUGCUGAUUUUUAUCGAUUCAAUGUUCAGUUUGGAUUGCAAAUGUUUAAAUAUCAACCAAUCAGUCCGAGUAAUAUAGAACUGAACAGAGUACAAUAUAGAGGAACUGAGGGAUUCUGGGCAGCUGUUACACCAUUUAAUUUUACAGCUAUUGGGGCACACUUACCUAUGGCACCUGCAAUUUUGGGUAAUGUCAUUCUUUGGAAACCAUCUGAUACAGCUAUCCUCUCCAAUUGGGUGGCCUUUAAGCUUCUCCGUGAAGCAGGAGUUCCACCAGGUGUCAUCAAUUUUUUACCUGCAGAUGGACCAGUAUUUGGUAAUGCAAUAACAAGCUCCCCUCUUUUGGCUGGUAUCAAUUUCACUGGCAGUGUCAAGACUUUCAAACAUUUAUGGAAGCAAGUGGCUUCCAACCUGGAUAAUUAUGAAAGUUAUCCCCGAUUAAUAGGAGAAUGUGGUGGCAAAAAUUUCCAUUUUGUCCAUCCAUCAGCAAAUAUGGAUGCAGUGGUGAAUGGGACCAUCAGAUCCGCUUUUGAAUAUGGUGGUCAGAAAUGUUCUGCUUGCUCUCGGCUUUACAUCCCUCAAUCAAAAGCUAAAGAAAUUAAAGAAAGGAUUACAGAAGAACUGAAGAAAGUUAAAAUUGGAUCUCCAUUAGAAGCAGACACAUUCUUGUCUGCUGUUAUUGAUGACAAGGCAUUUGAAAGAAUCCAAAACUACAUUGAAUAUGCCAAAUCAUCACCAUCUACUAAAAUAAUUGCUGGUGGAACUUGUGAUAACAGCAAAGGCUACUUUAUUGAACCAACUGUUAUUGAAUGCAGUAACCCAAAAGAUAAACUGAUGCAAGAGGAAAUAUUUGGUCCAGUUUUAUCCAUGUAUGUCUACCCAGACAAAGAGUAUAAAAAAUAUGCUGCUCUUGUUAACACAACUUCACCUUUUGGACUCACAGGUGCUAUUUAUGCACAAGACAAGGAAGCUUUAGAGAAGCUGUCUGAUAUGUUCCGUGACACAGUUGGAAACUUUUAUAUAAACGACAAAUCAACAGGUUCUAUUGUUGGACAACAGCCAUUUGGUGGUAGCCGACUUUCAGGAACCAAUGAUAAAGCUGGUGGACCUUACUACCUCAUGAAGUUUGUAUCAAUUCAGUCUAUCAAGGAGAGCAAAGUUCCUCUAAAGAAAUGGAACUAUCCUUACAUGCAUUAA